AUGGGUAAACCAAAGGUCUUAUUAGUUCUUUAUGCUGGUGGUAAACACGCUCAAGAAGAAAAGAAAUUAUUGGGCGCAAUUGAAAACGAAUUGGGUAUUCGUCAAUUCAUUGAAGAUCAUGGUUACGACUUAGUUGCAACUACUGACAAAGACAGAGAAGGUUCUGCUUUUGACUCCAACUUGGAAGAUGCUGAAGUUGUUAUUACUACUCCCUUCUAUCCAGCUUACUUGACCAAGGAAAGAAUUGCCAAGGCACCGAAAUUGAAAAUUGCCAUUACUGCUGGUGUUGGUUCUGACCAUGUCGAUUUGAACGCCGCCAAUGAGAGAGACAUUGCCGUUUUGGAAGUCACUGGAUCCAACGUUCAAUCAGUUGCUGAGCACGCCGUCAUGACCAUGCUUGUUUUGAUUAGAAACUACAACAUUGGUCACUUGCAAGCUACAUCUGGUGGUUGGGAUGUUGCUGCAGUUGCCAAACAAGAGUAUGAUUUGGAAGGUAAAGUUGUUGCCACUGUUGGUGCUGGUAGAAUUGGUUACCGUAUCUUGGAGAGAUUGGUGCCAUUCAAUGUCAAGAAGUUGUUGUAUUACGACUACCAACCAUUGCCAGCUGAAGCUGAAGAGAAAUUAAACAAGGCAUCCAAAUUGUACAACGAUGUUGACACCAUUGUUGAGCAAGUGGAUAGCUUGGAAGCUUUGGUUGCCGAGGCUGACAUCGUGACAAUCAACUGCCCAUUGCACGAAAAGACCAAAGGUUUGUUCAACAAGGAAUUGAUUUCAAAGAUGAAAAAAGGUGCUUACUUGGUUGAUACAGCUAGAGGUGCAAUCUGUGAAACUGACGCCGUUGUUGAAGCUUUGGAAUCAGGUCACCUUGGUGGUUAUGGUGGUGAUGUCUGGAACGUCCAACCAGCUCCAAAAGACCACCCAUGGAGAAAGAUGCACAACCCAUAUGGUCCACAGUAUGGUAAUGCCAUGACCAUCCAUGUUUCAGGUACUUCAUUGGAUGCUCAAGCUAGAUACGCUGCUGGUGUUAAACAAAUCUUGACCCAAUACUUUGACAAGACUUACAAAUACAGACCACAAGAUGUCAUUUGUAUUGAUGGUCACUAUGCUACCAAAGCUUACGGUCAACGUGAUGCUAACAACGCUGAAAAGUAA